AUGGAGUCACGCGCUACAGAACUGCCCUCACUCUGGGCCGUUGCAUUCGGCGCCUCCGUCGUAGCAGGCAUCGCGGGUUACUUCCUGGGCACUGCCUCAACUAUCGGUGUGUUUGGCACCAACACCCAGCAGCGCGUCGUCAGCAACAGCAGCGGUGCUCAGCACGAAAAGGGACACGACGACAGCGAAACCGAUCAUGACAACGCAUCUGAGUCCGAUUCCGAAGACUCCGAAGAUGAUCAGGAGGUCAAUGGGUUUGAGGAUUCGACCGAGGAAUGCAAGCUUGUCCUUGUUGUCCGCACUGAUCUAGGCAUGACAAAGGGCAAGAUAGCAGCCCAAUGCUCACAUGCCACCCUUGCAUGUUACAAGACACUCCUGCGCCAGAACUCGCCAAUCCUGAAGCGCUGGGAAGGUUAUGGCCAAGCAAAGGUCGCCGUGCAGGUCAAGAGCGAGGAUGAGCUCCUGAUCCUUCAAGCUCAGGCUAUCAGCUUGGGUAUUUGCGGACAGAUCAUCCAUGAUGCCGGUCGCACACAGAUUGCCAGCGGCAGUGCGACAGUACUUGGAGUUGGUCCUGCGCCCAAGUCUGUGGUUGACCAAGUCACUGGACACCUCAAGCUUCUGUAA